GUUUAAACUAAUAAUUGAAUGUAAAAAAACGGACGGUGUGUCAGUAAGGAAAAAACAAGAAACAUGGGAUACAAUUUGUGCCACUUACAACUCCAAUGAUGUAACGCCCAGAAAUUGUAAACAGUUAAAAAAACUGUGGGACAAUAUGAAACAAAGAACUCGAAAAUCAGACACGGAAAGAAGAAAUUAUACACUUCAGACUGGUGGAGGUCCUCCACCUCAGGACAAUAAUGACCCCAUUGAGGAGCAAGUUCGAGCAAUACUCCCUACUAUUGAUUUUGAAAUAAAAAACAAUUUUGACAGCAUAGCUCUUUUUGAGGCAGCAAAAAACGUAGAUGAGACGGCUACUUCAUCUAUAACAACCCACAAGGAGCCCGGGGCGUAUAGUUUUCAUUCACUCACCAUACUUGAUGACCAUGAUUAUAAAAGAGUAACUGUAGAAAAAGGCAAUGAAAGCAUUAAAAAAGAUACUGGUGAAUUUAAAAAAAGGAAACGAGGUAGAUUCAAUAAGGAAAACAGAAAAAAAUAUACUCACAUUGACGAAGAGGCUGCCUUAAGAAAAAUAAAGCUAGAGGAGUCAAUGGAACAGCAAAGAGAAUUGCAUAAUGUUAAAAUGGAAGCAGCAAAAGAAGAGAAACGUUAUUGGCAAAUAAGGGCCGAUUGCCUACUAAAGGAAGGCAAUAAUUUAAAAAAUGUCCAACUUAAUUAGAUUUAUUUAAAAAGUUUUUUUGUUUGUAUUUUUUGAUAUGGUGUUUUAGAUUUAUAUUGAUAAUUUUGUUUGGC